AUGGAGGUCUCAAUCUACAGAUUGAACGACUUGUUGCAAAACGGAGGGACUGCGAUGAAAUCGGACAAUCCGGCAACAGUCGUGCCUUCGCGCGGACUGGCUAUUCUCCUCUCAUUUUCUAGUAAGGAGGUAUCCCAUCUUCGAGAUGCUUUCAAGAGACGCAUUACCCGACUGAAAGACAUCGUCCUGGAGUGUCUUAGAACUCCAUCAGAAAAUGGUCUGCGGAAUGUAUUGCUAUCGGUAUUCUUUCGGCGGCAAGUCGUUGAGUCGUUGGGCACAACUGUUGUUCGUAUAUCGAGUUGGUCUUCCGUAAAAGAGGUUGCCGUUUCAUCGUUCAUCGACGGUUUCUACGCCAUUCCAUCGCUCAUUGCCGAGGCUUCGCAUUAUCUAGCUCGGAUCACCCAUACGAUGACCUUGCAAGCAGCAGAAGUCCUGGCUGCCAUGUAG